UCUUCAAGAUGAGGCCACAUCUCUCCAGGAUGAGGCCACGCCCCCCUCAGGACUCCAGCAGUACCGACAAAAUACUGUGCCUCGUGUGUUGUGAAAUGUUAGCCGUUCUGAAAGAAUACAACCUUUGGUGGCACUUUGAAACUAAACAUUGCAAUCUCGCCAAAUUGAACCCAAAUGAAAAAAUAAUAAAAGCAGCCAAUUUAGCGAAAAACCGUAGUGGAGAACAGCAAAUUUUCAAGAAAGUGAGCACUGAGAACGACACGGUUACUAAAGGAAGCUUUCAAAUUUCUAAGGAAAUUGCUGCUGCUGGGAAAUGCUUCACAGAAGGCAAGUUUUUAAAAAAGUGUAUGUUGAUUGCUGUAUCUGAGUUAUGUCCAGAAAAGAGGGGAAUAUUUGAAAAUGUCAGUCUAUCACACAUGACUGUACAGAGAAGAAUAGUUGACAUUUCUACCAAUCUAAGUGAUCAGUUAAAGCAGAGAGUCAGUGAAUUCUGCUUUUAGUCCCUCGCUAUGGAUGAAAGCACCGAUUUAAAAGACACCGCCCAACUUCUUAUUUUUAUUAGAGGUAUUGAUAAAAACUUUGAAAUUACUGAAGAACUUGUUGACAUGUGCUCCAUGAUGGGUCGCACAACCGGAAAAGAAGUCUCCCGUGAAGUGAUAAAAUGCAUGAAUGAUAAAUUGUGAUUAGAUUUCACAAACUUGGUAGCCAUUUGUACUGAUGGUGCUUCAGCUAUGUGCAGAAAAAAAUGUUGGAGCAGUUACUCUUCUUGAUGAAUUUAUCGGGAGACAAAUAACCAAACAUCACUGCAUGAUACCUCAGCCGUUUUUGUGUAGCAAAGUCUUAAAAUUUGAGCAUGUCAUGUCAGUGAUAGUUUCCAUUGUAAACUACAUCCGUUCUAGAGGACUAAAACAUAGGACAUUUUGAGCCUUUCUUGAAGGGGUAGACGCCAAGUGCAGCGACUUACUCUAGCAUACGGAAGUGAGGUGGUUGAGUCGAGGAAGAGUGCUCCAGCUUUUCGUUGCUUUGAAAGAGGAGGUAGCAAAAUUCCUAGAAGAUGGGCCAAUAAAAUUCCCAGAGCUUGAAAAUGAGUUGUGGAAUCAAGAUCUCUUUUUCCUUUUAUGAUAUUACAGAACACCUGAAUGAUCUCAAUGUUCAACUUCAGGGAAAAAAUCAACAUAUUUCAAAUGUGUGCAGCAGUGAAAGCUUCCAAAAUGAAACGGAAACUUUUCAGAAGUCAGCUGUCAAAAGGUGAAAUGUGUCACUUUCCCACUUGUGCACAGCAUAUCCCCCAGCACAAACACACCGAGUUAGGAGAAAAAUACGCAAAGCACAUUAAUCUUUUGAUUGAAGAAUUUGACAGAAGACUUACUUUGUCUAAAGAAGAAGACAUCCAGUUGAAGCUGAUUGAAGAUCCCUUUUCUGUGGAUCCAGAGGAAGUGCAACUAGAUUUGCAGUUGGAGGUUAUUGAACUUCAGUGUUUGGCAGUUUACCAAAAUAAGCCCAGAGAAAGCAGCCUGCGGUACUUCUACAGA